AUGAGUUUAGAAACAUUAAAUGGAAUUGAAUAUUUAGGGGCUCAUUUAAAGUUCAAAGUACCAGGGUAUAGAGAAAAAUCAGAUGGUCAUGUUUAUUACAGGAUAGUUGCAUAAUUUACAUUGGUUGAGCCUUUCAAAAAAGUUGAUUUUGAAUAUACUUAUGAGAAUUGUCUAACUCUAUUUAAGACAUUAUCUUCAUAAUGCCCUGAUUUACCAUAACUACCUGGAAUCGGAUUGUUUGGAUUCAAGCCAAAUGGAUUUGAUACAGAAAAAAGAAGAGUAGAUUUGGAGAAAUGGCUUGGAGCAUUAGUUUGGAGAUGCGAUGUAUUGGGAAGCGAAUGCUUUUACAACUUUUGUAAUUUGGGCUAGAUGCUUGAUAAAAAAUGGUUAAAAUAGCCGGAUUGUAUAUUGAAAUUUAAUUAUGGUCACUCAUUCCCGGUCUAAGACUUUUUUUAUGAGCCAGACACCUAAGUUUGCUUUGUGUUGACAACUGAUGAUUCAAUUGCAAGCAAAAUGCAAGGGUUAAUGGGAAUAUUUGGAAAAUCAAUAAAGCCUUCAUUUCAUUCUUAAUUGAUUGGUUAUAGAUUGGAUGUUGAUAAUAAUGAAAACCCAAUCACUUAAACUUUAUGGACUAUAUAAUAUUAGCAGAGAGGAACAAUGAUAAAAUGGGAUGAGAAAUUGACUAUCUUGGGCAUUGGUUUUGAUGAUGGUCAUAUAAUUUGCUUAAGGAUAGCCACUAAUAAAAAGUAUUAAGAAUAUUCAGAAUUCUGCUACAUUCAUAAACACACUUAAGCAGUUAACGGGAUAGAAUUCAAUAGUUUGACUGGCCAUUGUUAUAGUAUAAGCAAAGACAAAUGUUUGAUAACAACAGAUUUAGCCAAUCCUAGUAGUAUUUUGAAAGAGAAGGAGUUUGUCAAUGAAUUGACCUGCCUUACAACUAAUUAGUACCGUUUAUUUGUGGGAGACAAUGUAGGAAGCAUUUACAUAUUCUCCUUUGAAAAUGGUCCAUUGCAUGCAGUUCAUUAAAUCAAACAAGAUGUUGCGAUGUAAUUGACUUCCAUUUAAUAUUGCCCUAUCAAAAAUUAUCUCAUCUGUGGCAGCAAGGAAGGCUACUUAAGUGUAUUUGAGAUUGGGAAAUAAGGGAAAGAAAAAAGUACUAAUCAGAUUACUCUACUCAAAACAAUUCCGAAUAAGGUUGUUCAAUUUUCAAUCAGCACCAAAGAAAUCUAUGUUAAUUAUGGGAGUAGUGUUAUCAUCUUAGAAUCAACGAAUAUGAAAUAUUUAUAUUCACUUGAAGCUCAUAACAAAGAUAUCACUAAAAUACAAUUGUUUGAUUCCAUAGGACUCUUGAUAACCAGUAGCAAAGACAACACAGUCAAGUUUUGGCAAUAUAAAUAUUUCCCACACAUCCUAUUGAACAACGACAUCCUUCCACUUCGAAAAGAACCUGUUGCAGAACAUAAGGUUACUAUUAGACAAUAGGGUGGGGAACAAUUUAAAUAAGCUGUUUAGUUAUAAUAAUAAUAAAUGAAGCCAGAAUUGGAAGACUUGGAUCAUUGGCAAUGAUAAAUAUUUAUUUACAUUCAUUUACGUUAAGGAGAUGACAACAAA